AUGGCGUUCAUAGUGAGUAGUCGUGUCUCAAGUUUAACCAUAAUUUUAAUCGUAUUGCAAAUCGUGUCAUCGCAGAAACGUCCGGAUAUUAAAGUGAAUUUUGAAGUGUUGAAGCCUAAAGGACUACGUGUAUGGAUAUCGGAUUCGAGUACUUCAAAGAUAUCUCUUUUCGCUUUUAAUGGUCACGUUAACAGAGCCAUUGCUAAUGAGGAUGUUGGGUCUAUAAGGGGUGAGGUGAUGAAGGCGGAAGAUGGAAAAUGGGCGUUUGAGGACCAUAAUGUAGAGCUGAAGGAAGGCGACGUUAUAUACUACUAUUUUGUGAUGUCGGUUGACAGGAGUGGAUAUGUGGUUGACAAUUUAAGCUAUACUGUACGAAGUCCAGACUUGAACGGUCGUCCAGAUGACCGUUCAGGUGAUACCACACCCAAUUGCCAGCAAUCAGUGACAGUGGUCUUCGGCAGCUCUACACCAUUGUGUUCCGGACAAACAAUAUUCGAGGACCACUUCGAUACUCUAAAAGAGGAUGUGUGGAGAAUAGAACAGUUCAUACCAAAUGAGAAUCCUGAAUACCCCUUCGUAUCAUACCAACGCCUGCCGUCAGAUCCAACGGUCACUGUAGUGGAUGGCAAACUUCGUAUAGUACCAAAACUGCAGCAAAAUCAACCGGGCUUCACGAAUGUGUCUAUAAUUGUGGACAAAUUGAAUUUAUUUGAGGGAUGCACCGCGCCAACUUGCUCUAAACAACCUACUGGAGCGGAUAUCCUACCGCCGGUAGUAUCCGGCCGUAUUACUACUAGUUUGGGCUUCAAGUUCAAAUACGGAACGGUUCAUGUUAGAGCUAAAUUACCACAAGGAGACUGGUUAUACCCAGAAAUCAUGUUAGAGCCACUUCUAAAUAAGUAUGGGAAUUCCAAGUUUGCGUCUGGUGUUUUAAAGAUAGCUACAGCUCGAGGCAAUAAAGAUCUUAGAGCUGGAUCGAGAGAAUAUGGAAAUAAGGUUCUAUACGGAGGUCCCAUUAUAGACUUCGACUGCCGCCACGAGCUGUUGAACAACAACGUACUUACAAAUAGUCGGCUGUGGGGUGAUGAUUUUCACGAAUACAGUCUUCGCUGGUCUCCAGAUCGUAUAAUUUUGUUGGUGGACGGAGUAGAGUGGGCGCGAGUAGAGCCGGCUGCGAGCGGGCUCGCCGGCCGCCUGCCGCGCUCGUGCCUCCAUGUGCCUCGGACGCUGCUCGCCUUGGGGACACGGAUGGCACCGUUCGACGAGCCGUUCUACUUAACCUUGGGGGUAUCAGCUGGAGGUAUAUCAGAGUUCGAGGAUAAUCUGACAUCCAAUGGAGGCUGGCCGAAGCCCUGGAGGAAUGGAGCAAGGAAGGCCAUGAUGAACUUUUGGAAUGACCUGAACGCUUGGUACCCAACAUGGAGUCAAUCAGAGCUCCUCGUUGAUUAUGUGAAAGUGGUUGCUUUAUGAUUUUAUAUAUACCUACGUAUAAUUAUUGAAAACUGCAUUUUAUUUUGCAGUAAAAAUAAAUAAUUUUAAGCUAAUAGUACUCAUAUUAUAAUAGAAAUAAAUCUGCUUAAAUAAAUAAUACAUUUAACGGAAAAUAUUAUGACCUACAUACUCCUAAAGUUGGGAAGGGGAUUGUUAGUAAAGUAGACUGCUGACCCCAUUGCUAGCAAUGGGCCAUGUCAGGUUGACCU